UCAGUCAUCCGUUCGUGAAUGAUGAGCACUCUGCCUCCGUAUCCAUUCUUACUAGACAAUAGCGGCUCAGCAAUGCCUUCUCUAUCGCAGAUCUCGAGCCUCGCGCCUUAUCACAUCAUCAGCUAUGGCACAUUGCUAGGCAGCACUAUAUUUCAGAGCUUCGUCGGAGGCAUCAUCGCCUUCCGCGUGCUACCUCGUCCGCAAUUCUCCACGUUGCAGAAGCAUACCUUUCCAGUGUACUUCGGCAUGCAAACAUUCCUUUCUGCUGCUCUCGCGCUCACAUAUCCUUUCGGUGGCAUCAAAUCGGUCUUCUCAGCCGAGCACAAAUGGACUUUGGGGCUACCUAUCGCCACAAUGGUCAUCUCCAGUGUCGCAAACACAUUGUAUCUGGGCCCUGAGACUACACGAGUUAUGAUACUAAGAAAGCACCAAGAGACAAGAGACGGAAAGAAGGCAUAUGACGAGGGUCCACACAGUGAAGAUAUGCAGAAGCUGAACAAGCAGUUUGGAGCGCUCCACGGCAUAAGCACUUUAGUCAACCUGGGAGGUCUAGUCGCGAUGCUCUGGCAUGGCUUCGUGCUUGCGGAGAAGCUUACGGCAUGAUAAUCGUAGUAUCGAUGAGCACUUAACCACAACUUUUUGUGUAUGCAAAGGUAAGAUAUAGUUGACAUGAAAGGAUUCUGAAACCUGGUCCGAAUCUCAACAAGAAGAAAUUAGCAUAUCAUCGUGCAUCAGACAAUGUGUCUACUUCUUCUGCUCUCCCUCCUUCUGACCACCCAUCCACCCGGUGGCUAUCCCACCAACACCCUUCGCACCAUCCGCCACCGCACUGGCACCACUCGAGACGCCCCCCUUCGCCUGAUUGACAUAUGUAUCCCCAGCACCACCAGGCGUGAAUUCUCCAUUGUCAUCUUUCCCUCCUCGUUCCAUUCUGUUCACGCCUUCUUUCGACACAUAGUCUCCAAUAGGUUGCGCAAGGCCGCCUUUGCCGACUUGUCCAGCAACAAGUCCGUUCACACCAUCCUGAAGUUUAUCGACUUGGUCAAUUCCGGUGACUUUGGACUUGUCGAGGGCAUCUAAGGUUGCAGUCAGCGUACGAU